AUGAUGAUCCACACUGGAGAAAAAUCAUUCACAUGCCCUCAGUGUGGGAAGAGAUUCAGCAAAUCAUCAUCGCUUUAUAGACACAUGAAUAUCCACACCGGAGAAAAACCAUUCACUUGCACUCAGUGUGGGAAGAGUUUCAGCCAAAAAUCAAUCCUUAAUCAACACAUGAAUAUCCACACUGGAGAGAAACCAUUCACAUGCACUCAGUGUGGGAAGAGUUUCAACCAAUCAUCAAACCUUAAUCACCACAUGAGGAUCCACACUGGAGAGAAACCAUUCACAUGCCCUCAGUGUGGGAAGAGUUUCAUCAAAUCAUCAUCGCUUUAUAGACACAUGAAUAUCCACACCGGAGAAAAAACAUUCACAUGCCCUCAGUGUGGAAAGAGUUUCAACCAAUCAUCAUACCUUAAUAAACACAUGAGGAUCCACACUGGAGAGAAACCAUUCACAUGCCCUCAGUGUGGGAAGAGUUUCAACCAAUCAUCAAACCUUAAUAAACACAUGAUGAUCCACACUGGAGAGAAACCAUUCACAUGCCCUCAGUGUGGGAAGAGUUUCAGCAAAUCAUCAUCGCUUUAUAGACACAUGGAGAUCCACACCGGAGAAAAACCAUUCGCAUGCCCUCAGUGUGGAAAGAGUUUCAACCAAUCAUCAUACCUUUAUAAACACAUUAGGAUCCACACUAGAGAGAGAUCAUUCACAUGCACUCAGUGUGGGAAGAGUUUCAUCCACUCAUCCCACCUUAAUAGACACAUGAAGAUCCACACUGGUGUGAGAGAGUAUAUGUGCUUGGAGUGUGAGAAGACUUUUAUUACAGCUGCAGAAUUUAAACGGCACCAGAGGAUUCACAUUGGAGAAAAACCGUACUAGUGUUCACUCAGCAGUAAGAGGUUUACUCACUCAGGAACCUUGGAAACACAUAAGUGGAUUCACACUGGAGAGAAAUCGUAGACAUGAUCAGUGUUUACAGAGUUUCACUCAUUCGGGGCAGCUUAAGAAACACAUGGGAUGGUUUCUGGUAUGGCGUCGACACGUGUAGCAGCAUAGAAAGAGCGCUCCCAUACACACUGGUAUUAAUCCUCCUUUUUACAUUAUAUAUGAUAACCUAAACCAUAUUUAAAUAACAUGGAGGGGGACAAAAACAAAAAGGCUCGGACAAAACAACCAUUAAAACUUGAAAAAAACGAGACCUCAACAGAAACGGAGCAGCAAGUUGGAGAAUUGGAGGAGAACAUUGCUGAGAUGAAAGAAAUGCUCGAUCAAUACAUCCAAAUUCAGAAAACUUACAAGAGAAACUGUUAGAUCGAGAAACAUGCUCCUGUAGAAAUAAUAUUCAGAUCUUUGGAACCCCGGAAGGAAGCGAAUGGAAUAAUAUCCAAGACUUGGUGGAAACGAUUUUCAUCACUCGACAAAUUGGACCUUAAAAUCCAACGUGUCACCGGGCACUCAGACCAAAACCACCCACUGACGCCACCCUAGAUCAGUGGUGGUAUUCUUCCUGGAAUACAAAAUGUAGGACCUGGUCCUCUGCUCUGCAUGAAGAAAGUAAUACAUUGGAAUGAAAAAAGGAUUUUCUUUGACCAAGACUACCCACCUGAGAUCCAACAGAAAAGAUGGGCGUUCGCUCCGAUAAGAAAAAUUCUGAAAGAAAAGGGGAUUAAGUUCCAAACGCCACCGCUGGCGAAACUUAGAAUCUUUCUGGAAAACAGGCCCGUCAUGUACAAUUCGAUGACGGAGGCAUCAAGAGAUCUGAAAGAAUAAGGACUGAUAAACAGCAAAGAAGAAACUAUUAUAGGAAUCUCUGAGAAAG